UCCGUCUGUAAAAAAUUAAAAAUUUUUGAUACAGCCUGUAAAGAACAUGUCAAAAAGCAACUUUAUUACACUAUUGUCUAUAAAUACAAAUUGAAAACUUAAGAAAACAAAAAGAGAAAAUAAAAUUUAAUUUAUAAAAAUAACAACGAACUAUGAAUUUUGUGGAACAUAAAACCAAAAAGGGUGACAAGGGUUCGGUUUGGCAUUACUUUUUGAUUGACUCUAAUGGCUCUCCAAACGCCAAAUGCAAAUUAUGCCACAAAAUCUUAAAAACCAGUGGCGGAUCAACAAAAGGUCUUUUAAAACACAUAACCUGUGUUCAUUUAAUUAAACUUCAAAAAACAGUUUGUGAUGAACCACAGCGAAAGAUUAAAAAAAUUGCAGAUUUUGGAUUUUUACAGCAUGAGGACACUUUUCCUGCGGUUAUAAGUCGUUUGAUCGCACUUGAUGGUCUACCGUUUUCAUUAUUUAUAACAUCUAAAGAGCUGCGUAAAUCACUACAAGCUCGUGGGUUUGAUGUCCCAAAAUCUAAAGAAACCAUCAAAAGCAAAUUCCUGGAAUUCUAUUCCAAGUGCAAGGAAAAUAUGAAAGAAGAAAUUUGUAAAAUAAAAACAGAAUGUAAUAAGUUUAGUAUUACUUUUGAUGAGUGGACGUCCAUUUGAAAUAAACGGUACAUUAAUAUCAUUGCUCAUACAAAUGGACAACUUCUUAAUCUGGGUUUGGUUAGAUUAAAGAAGUACAGUACGGCUGUUUAUUGCAUAAAUUGUAUAAUUGAUAAACUCAAUGAAUUUGAAAUUUCUCUGUCAUCCGUCGUAGUAGCUUUUACCACAGAUGGUGCAUCUACCAUGCAGAAAAUUGGGAAGCUUAUAGCUCCAAAACAACAACUUUGUUUUGCUCACGGUUUGCAUUUGGCGUUAAUAGAUGUUAUUUAUAAAAAAACUGCAAUUAUAUUUCCAGAAGAAGAAUUCUCAUCUGAUGAUGAUGAGGAUGUUGGUGAUUUGGAAGUUGUUAAUCCGGAAGAUAUUUUUAAAGUAUGUUCAUAUGAAAAAGAAAAUAACAUUACUGACAAUUUUUAUGUUAAGCCAUUAAUUGACAAAAUAAGAAAAACAGUAAAAAUGUUUAGAAUAUCGCCUAAAAAAAUGUAUUCUACAAAAAUAUGUGAAAGACGACAAAGGAAAAGAACUAAAAUGAUUAAUUGAUUGCAGAACAAGAUGGAAUACUUUAUUCGAAAUGUGUCCGCGAUUUUCAGAAUUAGAAAUUCCAUUAAAAAAACCUUCAUAGAUUUAAAGUGUGAACAAUUUACUGACGAUGAAUUUCGUUCAAUUAAAAAAAUUGUUAAUGUUUUAAACCCAAUAAAAAUCACUCUAGAGGCAUUAUGUCGCAGUGACAUGACGCUAUGUAAAGCUGACGCUGCAUUAACUUUCAUGUUGAAGGAAAUAUCAGCAAUGAAGUGUGAUAUGGGCGAUGAUUUAUAUAUAUCCCUCAGAAAAAGAAUUGUCGAAAGACGUUCUGU